AUGAAAGAUAAGGCUAAUCUUACUGGAUCCUCCAGUAAAUGGUCGAUGAAGAUCCUAUGGGGACCUAUAAACGUAGAUAAUAGUGGUCCUGAUGGUGAAAUUGCAGAUGAUGCUUCAGGAUCACAAAAUUCUCAGCGAAAAGCCAAAAGAAAAAUAGUUGUACCACCGAAGCCAAGAGUGAAAUCUACGAAAUCAGAGGCGAGUUAA